AGCAGGAGAAGAAGGCAUUUUCAGAAACACGAAAUGGAAAGUUUUUCAUUAUUUCUUAAAAGGGGUGUAUGUGUACUGGAAUUCUUCAGUAUAUAAUUUAGAUUAUAAUACUUUUUUCAAUAUUUUUUCACUCAACUGAAUCAUUUUUCUACAAAUUAGUUAAUUCGACUUUAAGAGAAGAUGACAGAAGUAAAGUUGAUACAUUGGAAGCUUACUGUUAUAUGUUAAACGAACAUUUAUACACUCAGUGUGACGACAUGUGUUUAACAACUCUUUAUCGUGAUGUUACUUUAACGGACGAAAUGAUGGACGAAUAUCGACAGGCCGUUGGUACAUUUAUCAAAUGGCUUGCAUUUACUUUGACAUUGAAAAAUCGUGAAGUAGCUGAAAUGUUUUGUUAUAAUACAUCGUUUAUUAUUGAAUUUGAUACUCGAUUCAGUAUGAGCAGUGACAUUUCACUGCUUUCGCAUCAUCCUAAUGAGGAAGAAGUACUUCUAACGGCUGGACAUGGUUUUUACGUUGACAAAGUUGAAGAUCAUGCAUCAAAUGGAGAAUAUUUAAUUUAUCUUGCAGGAUGUUAA